AUGCCUCCCGACGACGAUGAUAACGAUCAUCGUCUUGGCGGAGUCGCCCCAACCUCCAUUUUCAUGCGACCCUUCAGCACCUACACCGCUAUAUCCCUUCUACAACCGUCGGGGAUUCCUCGCCUUGGGAUCUCCACUUACGAGUGGUGGUCGGAGGCAUUGCACGACAUUUCUAGACACAGAAAGGGUGUGAGAUUUAAUGGAACGAUCACCGCCUGUACAAAGUUCCCUCAAGUCAUCCUCAUAGCUGCUUCUUUUGAUUCACAUCUCUGGUAUCGAAUUGUUGAAAUCGAUUUGUUGAAUGUAAGUUUUGAUGGUGAAUUACCUCCUGAUAGAAUCUCUGUUAUGGCGGGUGUGAAAGAGCUGAGAAAAAUCGCCCCUUUGAGAAGAUGGAAUCUAGUAGAGAUAGAUGCAAAAUUGUCGAAAUUGACCAUGGAGACAAAACGUAAGCUGGUAAAAACAACACCUGCUAAAGAAACUCUUCAAACAGGUCCAGUAAAAAUAUCACUCAAGAAUUGCUUAGCAUGCAGUGGGUGCACCCUUCCACUUCAGAUGAGCAAUGUGAUGGCUAUUGGUGGUGCUGAUAAAUCCUCCUCCUGA